GAUUGAUUUAAACUUAACUGGAAUUUGUAUAAUUUACUCUCAGUAUAAAAAAAUAUAUUCCAAAAAACCCCGAACCCAUUAAAUUAAAAUACGGAAUUAUUUAUGCGACUAAAAUAAAAAAAAAUAAAAAAAAAAUACAAAGAAUCCAGAGGAAUAGAAUAAAUAAAGCACAUCCUACAAAUUAAGUCCACGUGGCACAAUCAUAUCAUGAACAAGAUCUCCAUCCGACGGUCAUAAUCGCAUUAUCUGGUCGAAACAAACAUUUAAAAGACGUGAUUGUCAACAAUCCAAGGAGAAAGACUCUCUUCCUUUUAUCCUUCCUUUUUCUUUUUUCCCAGUUUUGAACUAUCAAGAUUUAAGAUUUUAGAAGAAGAAGAAGAAGAAGAAGACGAAGAGGAAGAAGAAGAAGACUCAAGCAUGACUAUAGGGGUGGAAGCACUGCCAUUAACGUUUGUUGCGCAUGCGCUUGCUGUUGCUGGUGCUGUUACGGUCUUGGUUUGGAAUCUAUAUUAUAGAGGUGGCGUAGCAUGGGAAGCCACUAACAAGAGUCUCAUCUUCAAUCUUCAUCCUGUUCUAAUGCUAAUUGGCUUGAUUAUCAUAGGAGGUGAAGCCAUUAUGAGCUACAAAUCUCUUCCUUUGAAGAAAGAGGUGAAGAAAGUAAUACAUCUUGUACUCCAUGCCAUUGCUAUAAUACUUGGUAGCGUUGGCAUUGCUGCCGCAUUCAAGAAUCAUAAUGAGAGUAACAUUGCCAACCUCUACAGCUUGCAUUCAUGGCUUGGCAUAUCCAUCAUUUCCCUUUAUGGUAUUCAGUGGAUAUAUGGGUUUAUUGUGUUCUUCUAUCCUGGAGGGUCUGCAAUAAUAAGGAGUGAGUCUCUCCCUUGGCAUGUGCUAUUUGGGAUUUUUGUAUAUAUUUUGGCUGUUGGAAAUGCUGCCUUGGGGUGUUUGGAGAAGCUUACUUUCCUUGAGAGCUCUGGAAUUGCCAAGUAUGGUCCUGAGGCUUUGCUUGUCAACUUCACUGCUGUGAUUACAAUAUUAUAUGGCGCCUUUGUUAUAUUAUCAGUUCUUGGCCAGGCUCCCGUAGAAGACGACGAUAAAUAAGGCCUGUGUGAGUGUGUUAUCAGCUAGCCAUGAAGAAAUAUAUAUAUUCCAUUAGCUGAAUUUUUAUUGAAGCUAUCAUGAUA